AUGUGCCGCAAGACUAUCUACCACAACACCUACAUCGACGGUGACAGGGACGUCACUGAGCGCGUCGACUGCUGCACGCCCGGCCGCAUGUGUGCCGCGCCCAAGAUCCGCGAGGUCCAUCGCCAGCUGCCCUACAUCAAGGCAGGUCACUCGUCCUCGCCCGGCCGCGCCUCUCCCGCCGUCUACGACCGCGACAUGUACCCGCCCACCCCUCUCUCCAACUCGCCCUCGCCCCGCCCGGACGGCGGCGAGCGCAGCAGCAAGUACCACAAGCGUGGCCAGGACAUCUACGUGGGCGGCACGAGGAUGGUCGAGGUCAACGACCACUCUGGCAGCGGCAGCCGCCGCCGCCGCGGAGACCGCCGCCCCGUCGUCCUCGAGUCCUCGUCCACCCAGGGCUACAAGCCCUACGCGCCCGAGCCCCCUUCGCCGCGCCCCAUCCCUAUCAAGCGCUCCUCCACCAUGACCUAUGGCAUUGACACGCCGCCCCGCGAGGAAACCCGCGGCCGUCGCCCCAUCAUCGUCGAAGAGCGUGUUCCCUCACGCCGCAACCCCAGCGUCACCGCUCCUGUCGACGUCUUUGAGCACUCGUCUGCUCCUCGCCUGAGCCGCCGCAACUCCUCCCGCCGCGAUAGUGCCUACUUGGCGCCCUCCUCCCGCCUGGAGCGUUCGCCGCAGGGCUACGCAUCCGCCGAGGACGAGCGCGAGCGCCACGAGCGCCGCCGCAUCCGCCACGAGCGCCGCGCCCAGGCCGCGGCCAUGGCCUCGUCUGCGCCCACGUCGCACCAGGAGGCCCUCUACGGCUCCUCGUACGGCUCCUCCUCGUACGCCUCUUCCCCUUCCUCGGGCUUCACCUCCUCGCCCAAGUUCUCGGGCGAGCCCUCGGCCGCGGUGCACGAGGUCAAGAAGCACCUGCGCUGGGAGGACCAGAUGCGCGCCAAGCAGAACGCCAAGAUCGACUCGCGGCCCAAGCUGUCGCGCUCCAACACGACGGGCGGCGGCGGCGUGCAGACCGAGGUCAAGUCGAUCCUCAAGAACGCCGGCGAGGGCCAGGUGCCCGCUGCCCCCAAGGACGGCAUGGCCGAGCUGUACUCGUCCAUGGAAGGGCUGGGCAUCCGGGGCAGCUCGGCGUCGCGGCCUUCGUCGCGCGAGAAGCAGGCGCAGCGGCAGGAGGACCGCGAGGAGGCCGAGUACCAGGAGCGCCUGCGCAGCCGGUUCAACAUCCCUCCCCGGCGGUACACGAGCAUCGGGCCCAAGAGGCGGUCCGAGGUGUGGUACCCCGAUGAGGGGCGGUACAAGUACCUGUGA